AUGGUCGACACGCGGUACACUUCACACUUGAACGCAUUCCCACCGGUGCAAUUGCCCUCGCCGCUUACUGGGAUGGAGAUGGAGACCGGGGAGCAAAGACAGCCACAAGCGCAUCGGGCACCGUAUCCGGUCCAGGACGUGCUGGAUGAGUUGCCGCCCGCGCUGAGCAACGUACACUUGACAGAGAGUGAGCAAUUGCGGGACUCACGGGACCCACGGGACCCGCUCGCUGGGUACUCGCCGCAGGGGAGACGAUUCCACGAGUCCUACGCACAAGCCGUAGCGGAUGCGCCGCAGUUCACCCCCCAGGUACAAUUACACUGGUGCAAGACACUGCUCGAACUGUCGCAGGACGCAGAGUUCAUACGGGAGUACACGAUCAACGGCGAGAAGCUGCCGCAGCGGAUCGCGGACUCGAAGACCGCGUCUCGGAACCAGAAGAUCAUGCUGGAGCAUGCAUUGAAAGUACUAAGUAAGCUCAUCAAGCUGCGGCACGCCCCAGCGUUCUACCUCAUGGGAGGAUUGUACUCGCACAAAGUUGAGGGUCUCUCGAGGUUCCAGUUCAUAGAGCGGGACGACGCAAGGGCGCUGAGUUGCUACGAACGGGGUGCGCGACUCGGCCACGGACCCUCCUGUUACCGUGCUGGGCUCAGCUUCGAGUUCGGCAGGGGCACCCCCGUGGACACAGACGCUGCGGCGAGAUUCUACCGAAUGGGUGCCGGGGCCAGCGACGUCGAUUGCAUGUACCGACUCGCUAGCCUUUUCGUUGAGAAACAGAUCUCUGAGGGUAUUGAAUGGUACCUCCGAGCUGCGGCGCAGGGGUCCCCGCACGCGUGCUUUGAGCUGGGCAAGAUCUACGAGUUCUCCGCUCUAACACCAGCUUUACAGCAACGGUUACAACAGGCGUUCCCCGGGGAGUCAUUCCCACAGACGACACGAGCACUCCAGUACUACUACAAAUGUGCACACGAGCACGGUUACUCUCUUGCGCAGUGGAAACUGGGCCACUGCUACGAGUUCGGCGAGUUGGGACUCCCCGUCCACGCGAAGAAGUCUCUCGCAUGGUACUACGCUAGUGUUUCGGGGGGGAAGUCUGCAGGGACCACCGCGAACGCGAUGGGCAUGUUGGGACUCGCAGGGUGGUACUUCACCGGAGUCCCCGGCGUACUACAGCCAAACUGGCAAGAGGCGUGCAAGUGGGUCUCCCAGUGUGCUGCACACACAGAGGGGAAACUCGCACGCGCGGAUUACAUUCUGGGCCAGUUCUACGACUCUGGCGUCGGUUGCCCGAGGGACCACCACACAGCACAAAUACACUACAAGAGAGCACUCGCGCACGGGUUCCACCGCGCCGCAGCACACAUCGACAACACGGAAGGUGCCGGUGCCUAA